AAAAUCCAAAAUCCUGAGUGCUGUGCGCAUAACGGUGUAGUGUCAUAAAGACCAUUUUGAACAGAUCCAAAAUGUUAACCUAAGCAAAUCCAAUUCUUAAUAAGCCAUCACAAUAUAACAAAGCCCCACAUUUUAUUUCUACUUCGAAUAUUACUAUUAUUAUUGCUUUUUGUUGCAUUUCGCUCUGCACAAUACUUGUGAAAAAUUGCUGGCGCCCAUCAAGGAUACCACCGCUAGCGAUAUCGGUGGAACGAACGUGCUUAUAGAUAUAAUAGUGUGUACCCCCCUCCCUCCCCGUUAUUGACUUUCGAGUGCGUGUGUGUUUUUUCGGUCGAGGACAUCACAUCAUAGAGAAGGAACAAGAAAAGAACGCAGAUCCGACGCCCAUCUACCGAAUGGCGCUUUCGUUUCUAUCGCAAAACUCCGGUCUGUUGGAUUUACAAAGCAUAUUCGACCCGCAAUAUUCAGAACUGCAACAAGAACAUUUAAACAACAACAACAACAACCAUCACCACCAUCCAAUCAACCAACAACACCAGCCAAACGAGGAACUACAACUUCAACUACCACAACGCACGAAUUCCACGAAAUUCGAUUUGAGCAUCUUCAACGAAUUCGAUCAAAUGGAAUUCAACAACAAUUUGAAUCGCAGCCAAUAUCAGAAUAAUAACAACAACAACAACAGCAGCAGCAUUAAUAGCAACGUCAACAACAGUGCAAGCGAGAAUUUAAAUCAGAUCGAGAACCGCCACUUUAUUAGCGGCUACCACCAUCAGCAUAUUGGAACGGAUUAUGAGCAAGUGAUCAACUUCGUUGACUCGCCGCCAAACUCUGAGGAAUCGUGGACAGAGAUAUCGCUAAUCGAAGAACUUACGGUUAUCGUAGACGCCCAGUCGAAGGAUUCGCCGGGACCGCAGAUAAUCGACGUUCAGACCAUCUACCUAAACAGCGGCUCCCGCAAAAGACGAAUGGAUUGGGACUCACUGGACAUUGGCCAGACCGAGAAUUCCCCCACAGCAUCCCAGAGCGGCGAGCUGGCCCCCAAAGUGGCCCCCCAGGAAAAGGACAAGCACAAGCGCGAGAAGCACUCUGGCCGCAGCAGCUGGAGCGAUGACAUUGGCUUUGAUCUGAACGCCGAGUUCAACAGCAACUCGUAUUUGAACAACAGUGAAAACUUUCUGUCGUUCUCCCCCACGCUGACCACCCUGAAGCAGGAGCCCCAGACGGAGCAGAUCAAGCCGAAUCCGAAGCUCUCGCUGGACAGCAGCAAUGCCGGAGGCAGUGUCUCUGCCACCGUGGCGAUUGCCAAGGUGGACGAGGCGCAGAACUCCCCCCAGCUGGCGGUGGCCUGUGGCCAGGAGACGUCCCCUGGCAAUGGCAAGCACGACCUGAGCUCCGGGCUCCUCUGUGGCUGUGGCUCGCCCCAGGGUUCGCCAGUGGCUGCCAGCGAGUAUGAGCUGGGCGGACACUCUGACAAGGGCAAGAUCAAUCCCCAGCAGCAGUUAAGCGUGCUCGAUCCAUCCAAAAUAGAGAUUGUGUCCGCCAACGGAGCGCCACACGCCGAGGAUCACAAGUUUCAGUACAUUUUGGCUGCCGCCACCUCGAUUGCCACCAAGAACAAUGAGGAGACCCUGACGUAUCUGAACCAGGGCCAGAGCUACGAGAUCAAGUUGAAGAAGAUCGGGGACCUGUCCCUCUACAGGGAUAAGAUUCUGAAGAGCGUGAUCAAGAUCUGCUUCCACGAGCGCCGCCUCCAGUUCAUGGAGCGCGAGCAGAUGCAGCAAUGGCAGCAAUCCCGCCCCGGCGAACGCAUCAUUGAGGUGGAUGUGCCGCUCUCGUACGGCCUGUGCCACGUCUCGCAGCCCCUGAGCUCCCAUUCGCUCAACACCGUCGAGAUCUUCUGGGAUCCCCUCAAGGAGGUCGGCGUCUACGUCAAGGUGAACUGCAUUUCAACCGAAUUUACCCCAAAGAAGCACGGCGGGGAGAAAGGUGUACCAUUUCGACUCCAGAUCGAAACCUAUAUAGAAAACAACAACAACACGAAUCCGAGCUCGAACAACAAUAGCGGCUCGACUGCCCCAGCCUCCCCAGAGCGCACCCCCAAUGGGAGCAGCAACAGCAACUGCAGCGGAGGGCUAUCCAUCGCCAGCGUCAAGCAGGCCGUCCAUGCAGCUGCCUGCCAGAUCAAGGUCUUCAAGCUGAAGGGCGCCGAUCGCAAACACAAGCAGGACCGCGAGAAGAUCCAGAAGCGUCCACAGUCGGAGCAGGACAAGUUCCAGCCCAGCUACGAGUGCACCAUCAUGAACGACAUAUCGCUGGAUCUGGUGAUGCCCGCUACCACCACGGGCUGCUACAGCCCCGAGUAUAUGAAACUUUGGCCCAAUUCGCCCGUGCACAUACCCAAGUACGAUGGGAUGCUUCCGUUCGCGUCCAGUGCAGCAUCGCCGGCGACCAGCAGCAGCAGCCCCAUUGCCAUCAACUCGGUGACGUCAACCAACUCGCCCAACCUCAAGCUGAUGGACGCCACGAACAUGGUCUCGCCGCAGCAUGUGCCCGCGGACAUGGAUGACUUUCAGAAUCAGAACAUUAUGCCAGAAUCGACGCCCGCCCAAGUGACGCAGUGGCUGACCAACAAUCGCCUCACGGCCUAUCUAUCGACGUUCGCCCACUUCUCAGGAGCUGAUAUAAUGCGCAUGUCCAAGGAGGAUCUGAUACAAAUCUGUGGCCUGGCCGACGGCAUACGCAUGUUCAACAUAUUGCGAGCCAAGACCAUCACACCCAGACUCACGCUGUAUGCCAGCCUUGACGGUUGCAGCUACAAUGCCAUCUACUUGCUGUCGAACACGGCCAAGGAGCUGCAGCAGAAGCUGUUCAAGAUGCCCGGCUUCUACGAAUUCAUGGCGAAGGCGGGUGCCCAGGAGAAUGGAGGAGCUGCUGCCGCCGCGGCCGCCGCUGCUGCUGCUGCAAUGUACAACAGCUGGAGCAUGCACUCGAAGUAUUCAGGCAGCGGCUCGAACAUCUACAACGACGCCAACAAGAGCUGCGUGUACAUCUCGGGACCGUCUGGGAUCCUGGUCAGCGUCAGCGACGAGGUGCUGAACAACGAGAUCAAGGACGGCAGCCUCUAUGCCCUGGAUGUGCAGAGCGGCAAGGUCAUCUUGAAGCUGAUCAACAAGCAGGACAACAAUUGAACCCGCUGUUACCACCCUAGAAACCAAGUAUAGCUUAUAGCAUUUACACUCACAGUUCGAUAUCGUUUUCUAUAUAUGAUUCAAUGUCUAUGAGAUUUCGCGCAGCAAUUUUGAACAAGUAUCAAGCAAGCAAACCCAGCCCCCGCCCAACCCCAAUACCCAAGCCGAACCUUUUUGUUAAAGAAUUAGUGCAAAAUAUGUGAGCUACCGUUUUCACUCUUUUUAAGUUUGUUUACUUUAUGCAUGUCUUACUUUAUCUUUUUACCACCUACGAUUAUGCACAUUUACGAGUACAGUACACCCCCCAAGCGAUGGCAUUUCGAUUCGCUAUAUUUGUUCUACUUUAGUUCAUUGCCACGGCACAUGCCCGCCUGCCACCUACACGCAUAUAUCUAUGUAUGUGCACCAUUUGAAGUAGAAAGAAAAAAACACAAAAAAAAGCAACCUAAAUUUAAUAAUUACAUAUAUAAUAUCAUCAUCAAGUACAGUACCACGAAUACAAGAAUUGAGCAAUUGUUUCGAAGCAGAGUUCAACUAGCAACCAAACAACAACUUUUGUAUGUGAUAGAAGCAAUAAAGUGUUAUCCACAAGUGGACUGUCAAAAAAACA